GUGCGGCGAUCUUCACGGCUGCAGCAUCCGCGGCAUCACCCCUCGCGCCAAUUCGAGUCGAAAGUGUCCCCCCACGUGACGGCAACGAUUCUUCAGCCGCAUCUGCCGCAUCUGCUGCUCAUGCGACGCCUCUCGGCUUGUGGAAAGGGAAGACUAUCAUGAAAUACGCGGCCAAGCUGUUUCCCACAAAGUACAACGGGAAAUUAGUCGGAGACAAAGGGGCAUCGGGGUCAGUCGUUUUGAAAGCCCUCCGAUACUCUUCAGGGGCGUAUGCUAACAUCUGGGAAAUUCACGUCCUUAACAUACCAUCUGGCGGGAAGGCCCCUUACGCAAAAUUUGGAAAAUCCUGUACUCCCGCCGACGACGACGUGGGUUUGCCGACAUCUUGGGUGAACGUCACGAAGAAUGGCAAGAUGGCUCGCCGCAACCAUUACAGCUUCGCGAUCAAACUGGUUUUCGGGGCACAUACUUUGGCGGAAGUGCGGAGAGCGUUGGCUGCUACCAUGUCGGGUGGGAGUUUCCUGAGAGCUGGCCAUUCGAAAAACGAUAGGGCGCUCUGUGGAAAGAUCACCAAGGUGGUGUAA